CUUUGCAGUUUUAACAUGUCGUCCGCCAUGUUUUGAGGCAUCUCCCAAACGGUCCCUCAAAUCCACUCCAUCCAGCGUGAAUGAAGUGGUUUGGGCAAGGAGACCAGCAGCGAUGCUCGCCAACGGCCAAGACAUGAACGCCGUUGCCAGUGUUCGGCACGGGGCAACUCGAUCGCAAGACGAUGCGAUGGUUGGAUACUUCUUUCAACGUCCACAGAGUGAUCCGGAUUUCCAAAACUACAACAAACAGUCCCGCUGGGCGUUGGGCGACGACAGUGUACUCGAAGCCAGGGGCACAGAAGCACCAGAGCUGGAGACAGAGUUCCAGGCUCUUGCCCUAGAGACUAGUCAUCAACUAGAGAUCCCGGCGUCGACCAAGAAGCUGUGGGCCCUGGAGGAAACGGGCCCCAAGCCCGAGGACAGCAAGGGCAUCUUCCUCGGGGACCAGUGGAGGGAUCCAACGUGGAGCACAGGGGGUCACCCCAGCACGUCUGGGGUGUCGUCGUCGGGGUUUCCAGAGCAUGCGGUGUCGCAGCCCAUCAUGGUGCAGCGGCGCAGCGGGUCGUACCCGGGCAGCGACGGAGCCUCGAUGCUGUCACCCCGCUCCUCGGAGACCUCUGGCCUCGGCGUCAAGAUGGUGGAGUACGUGCUGGGCAGCUCGCCCACCAUCAAGGACCUGGACGUGCGCAUGGGCCGCAUGCACGUCGGACCCCCCAAUGUCGGUGACCCGGACAAGGUGAAAAAGGGCAAGGAGGGCAAGCUGAAGGACGUGGAUGGCCGAAACGCCGUGAUGCAGGCAAACGGCAUCAUGCACAAUGGCAUCGACGAGGACAAGGUCUACAAUUCGGUGGGGUACCGGGGGGGCAGCCGGCAGGCGUCCCCAAGCGAGGAGCUGGGUCCCAAGGCGGGGGACAAGCUGUCCAAGGCGCCCCUGGAGUCUCUGGUGAUGUCCCCCAUGGCCCCGACCACCCUGGAGGCCCACUUCGACCACCACACCAUGGGCAUAGACCCCCUGUCCUCUUUCGACUACCAACCCCACGGCCUGCUGCCCUCCAUGGAGUCGCCCGGCAUGCUGGACUACUCCCAGCUCUACCAGCAGCACCAGCAACAACAACAGCACCACCAACAGCAGCAUCAGCAGCAGCAACAACACCAGCAGCAGCAGCAGCAGCAGAGGGGCCAGCACGGGGGUGCCAGCAUGGCCCUGGUGCCCGGAGGGCAGUACCCCCUGGGUCCGAGCCAGGGGCCCCCCCAGGGCGGGGCGGGAGGCCUGGGGGUGCCCGGAGCGCCCACGCAGUCCCCCUUCGGGCCCCCCUCAAACCCCUACCUGAUGAACCAGGACCCGUACGGACCCCCUCCACCGCCGCUGGGCAUCGUCACAGGUCCGGCCAUGAUGCCCCAGUACUACGGAAUGCCCCCUUGGGGCAUGUUUCCAACGCCCGCCGCCGCGGCGGGCCUCCUCCAGGGCCAGGGGGGCCAGGGGGGCCCGGCCCCGCAGCAACAGAUGCAGCAGCAGGUGCAGCAGCAGAUGCAGCAACUGCAGCAGCAGCAACAGCAGAUGCUCAGGGGCAGCGGGGCAAGGCCCAUGACCCCGCAGGGCGGGGAACCCCUGUCGCAGGCGCCCCCUGGAGGAGGCCAGUACCAGGUGUUGGCGCCGCCAUACUACGACCAGAACAGUCAGCUGAUGAUGAGCAACACUCGUGCCGUGCGCCUCAUGCCACCGGUGCUCGUGAAUCCCGGGGCGCCAGGGACCAACCCGUCGAGCCAACCAGGGUCCCUGAACGGCGGCAGCCUGCGGCUCCUGGGCUCCCAGGGGGGUGGGGGUGGCACGGGGAGUGGGGGUCCCCAGGGGGGCCCCCAGGGGUCCGGGCUGUUCUCGGCGGCCGGGGGCUCGAGCCACCCCUUCGGCCCCUCGGGCGGCUAUAACCCCGGCGGUGGGGGCCCAGGGGCCUCGGCCUUCUCCGGGGCGGGGGGCUUUGCCUCGGGCCUCGGCUACGGGGGACCCUCCUCCCUGGGGCCCAUUGGGACGUCUCCCGCGGGACCAGUCGGCAUCGGGCUCGGGGGCAGCACGGAGUCCCCCCGGAGGGACUCCCUGGAGCGGAGGGACGGCCCCAUGCUGACCGGGGGCGCCGGCCGCGGCCCCUUUGCGACGGCGGCGGCCCUGGAGUCCUCCUACUCGUCGGCAGGGGCCCAGGGCAAGGGCAGCCAGUUCUACGGGCCCCUGGGCACGGUGGCGGCCUCCCCGGGCCCCGUGGGCAUGCUGCCCCAGAGCCUGACCCCGCCCCCGCCCUCCCUGAACGGCUCCUCCUCCAACCUCAGCCUGGGUUCGUUCGGGGGCCGAAUGAUGUCUGCUGCUCCCGGGGCCGAGGCUAAGUAUCUGGUGCGCAACGGACCCCUCGGCAGCAUGCUGGGAUCUUCGAGCGCCCUCGUGCCCGGGCGCACGCUGCAAAGGAACUCGAGCCUGGAGAAGCCUCCAGGACGGAGCCGGCUACUGGAGGACUUCCGCAACAACCGCUACCCAAACCUGCAGCUACGGGACCUGGCCAACCACAUCGUGGAGUUUUCCCAAGACCAGCACGGCUCCAGGUUCAUCCAGCAGAAGCUGGAGCGGGCAACGCCCUCGGAGAAGCAACUGGUCUUCUCGGAGAUCCUGGGGGCAGCGUACAACCUGAUGACGGACGUGUUCGGCAACUAUGUGAUCCAGAAGUUCUUUGAGUUUGGCAGCCCCGAGCAGAAGCAGGCCCUGGCCCUGAAGGUGAAGGGCCACGUGCUGCCCCUGGCCCUGCAGAUGUACGGCUGCCGGGUCAUCCAGAAGGCCCUAGAGUCCAUCUCCACCGACCAGCAGAAGGAGGUGGUGAAGGAGCUGGAUGGCCACGUGCUCAAGUGCGUCAAGGACCAGAACGGCAACCACGUGGUGCAGAAAUGCAUCGAGUGCGUGGACCCCACGGCCCUGCAGUUCGUCAUCAAUGCCUUCCAGGGACAGGUGUUUGGGCUGUCGACGCACCCGUACGGCUGCCGGGUGAUCCAGCGCAUCCUGGAGCACUGCACGGGCGACCAGACCUGCCCCGUGCUGGAGGAGCUGCACCAGCACACGGAGCAGCUGGUCCAGGACCAGUACGGCAACUACGUGGUGCAGCACGUGCUCGAGCACGGCCGCCCCGAGGACAAGAACAAGAUUGUCAACGUGGUGCGGGGCAAGGUGCUGCCCUUGUCCCAGCACAAGUUCGCCAGCAACGUGGUGGAAAAGUGUGUCACACAUGCCUCCCGUUCGGAGCGGGCUGUGCUCAUUGAGGAGGUCUGCUCUUUCCUGGAUGGGCCGCACAGUGCCUUAUACACAAUGAUGAAGGACCAGUACGCCAACUACGUGGUCCAGAAGAUGAUCGAGGUGGCCGAGCCGCCCCAGCGCAAGCUGCUGCUGCACAAGAUCCGUCCCCACGUGCCGUCGCUGCGCAAGUACACCUAUGGCAAGCACAUCCUGGCCAAGCUGGAGAAGUACCUGCUCAAGAGCGGCGACGGCGGCAUGGCGGGCCUCGGCCCGUCGGGGCCCUCGUCCAACGGGGCCCUCUGAGGGACGCCGCGAGGCCCUCCCCUGCCUCCCCCCACCUUUCCCGCCAUCUCGGCCCCUCCGCGCCCCUCCACCUGCCGCACAGUCCGCCACUUCGCCGCCUACCACUUUGCAGUCUGCCACCUUGCGGUUUGCCACUGCACGGUCUGCAGUUGUCGUCUGCUACUGUGGCGUCUGCUGUGUCUGCUAAUGCGGCGUCUGCUGUGCGCGGUCUGUGGAGGCGUUUCUAUCAUCCCCCUGUUCUCAAUUUCUUUUUCUCUUUUUAUUUUUUUUUAGUUUUUGUGUGUUUGGAGAGGGCCAGGGAGGGGGUGGGGGUUUCAUAGUGCCACCUCUGGCAGGACGGACCAGGUCAACCCUCCAGCGCCCUUUACUCUAAAUUAAGAUUAUUUUAUUUUAUGCGUGCAUGUAUUUUUUUACGGCGAGAAUGCUCUUUCCCCAUAUUUUUAGAGGACGCAGAGUGGGGGCGGGCGUCGUCCAACAUACACCGACUGUACAGAGGGCGGCCGGCCUUAAUUUCGGACGGGAGAGGGUCGGUCCACCCUUGGGGCUGGCUGGCUAAGUCGACAUCUUUCUGCACCCCGCAUUGGAGAGAUUUCUGCACCUUUUUUAGGGUACAACUUUAUUUUGAAUGUGAGGACUGCAUACAAAUGAUUUCUUUCCUCUCUUAGUUCACCAACGUCUCCGGCGUACCAGCUCUGCUACGCCAAACGGGCGGGUGAGGGGGUGGGAAAGUCUGUUACGGUAGUUGUAAAGCGACGGACGGUCCGAUUUCACGCCGGUUUCCGCGAGUCAAGCGCGAAUGCGGUGCGCCGUCCCGCUGGCAUGUAAUGCCUUAUGGGCACGGUGGCAACGUUGGCUAGGCGAUUCUCCGACUCCUUUCUAUCGUACGAUCGUGGCUGGCUUUUGCACGGAUUGUUCCCUUACACAGCUUGCGUAAAAUGUUACCUUUUUUUUUUUUUUUUUGUAUUGGUUUGCCGAUUUGUCGUUCCCUUAUGUGAAGCGAAACGAAAGGUGCACUAACAACCUCACUCUCAGUCAUCAUCUGGAAGCUGUUGUCUUUCCCUAUCCCACUUUUUUUUUUUUUUGCAUUCAUUGAUUGUGUUGAGGUUGUUCCAGAGUUGUAUGAAAUCCCCCAAAACUGCUAAAUGGAAUUUUUUUUUUUUUUUUUUGGAUUACAAGGCAGCGGUUUUGCUUCAUAAUCCAUCUACGCUCGUAUGUCUAUACCUUAUAUGUGUAACAUAUAUACAUAUAUAUAUAUUACUAGCAACGGCAGUUUGCGAGUACCGACCUUUGUAAAAUGUUUCGUGUUCCGUCAUCCGAUGGCACCGUUGUACAUGACUGUGCAGUAUGGGAGAGGGAGGGGGGGGGAUUAGUUUGUGAUUUGUGCAAAUAGGCAAAAUCCCGAAAGAUUUUUUUCCUUAAAAUUUGAUUGAUGUGGGUUUGAGCCCCCCAAUUUCGUCGCCGUUGCUACGAGUUCUCGAAUUGGAAUGCAGCAACAAAUCUUGUGUCGUAAUUUUUUUUUUUUUUACAAUCAUUGUUUUUUGUGACUGUUUUUAAGACUGUAAAAAGACUUGACGAAGCAUAUGCUUACUUUCGCACAUUCUGUACGUUGCCAUUCUGUACAUUGAUGUAAAUUAGAAGGGACUAACAACAAACAACAGAGCCGCUAUCCUUAAACCUGUCAUUGGCUGUUUUUGCCCUAACAUUUUUUUUAGUGGUGUUUUUUUUUUUUUGUGUGUGUGUGUGUGCGUGUUUCGUAGAGAGACUGUGUAGAGGGUUGUGUUAGUUCUGACUUUUUUUUUUUUUUUUUGGCGUGCGGUGCUGAAGUUGAACAUGCGAGAAUGCCACUCCUGCUUUUGAGUAGUGUAAAGAAAAAAAAAAAUUUUCUGGCUCGUAAAAGAUGUAUUGCCUUUCUUUUCGUGUAUGGUGUGACAAUUGUGUAACGAUCUCAAGUAUGAGAAUUUUAUUUAUGAACUUUUUUUUCUUCUAAAUAAAAAGAUGUAGCAUAUGUAAACAAUGUAUACUUUUUGCCUUCAAUGCCGUUUAAUACCUUACUAGUGCAGCUUAGCGUGUCAGUGUUUUACAUACAAACUAAAUAUCCCACUUUCUUUUAUCUCGGCACCUAUAAAUUAUGGUGGAGUAUAAAUUUUUCAGUGUGCGAGGUUUUUCACUUGGAUGCAGCCAUUCUCUUGAAGAAAAGCUGCAUCUUGCAAAAGGUUUAAUUGGCAUAAUUCUUCAGCUUUUCCGCUUCCUUCGCAUGCAAGUGUAUGGCAACCCCUCGAAUCAAUUAGAAAUUCGGAACCCUUUUCACACCACUGCGAGUUUAUUUCAAGCGUGUUGCAUUUAGGAUAAGAGCGUUCCAGACAACAAUGUAGCUGUGGUUUGUCGGAAUCAUUCAGUAGGAAGUUGAUCCCGACGAACAUUUUCAUUGCACCUGCCGUUGCACGUCAUAACUACGACCCAUCGUCGUGCGACAAUUGAGCGCUCAGCUGCGUUCGCAACCCCCGAUUAUGACAACUUUUGAGUGGCACGACUUUCCGACGCAUUUAUAUACAGCGUGGCCAUAACAAACCUGCUAACAAAACUUCAAGAAGAUGCUUUUCAUUUUUGUUUUAUUCGUCUGGAUUUGCCACACAUUUAGUGUGUUUCAGUCACUGGAUGCCUGCAUUACGUGUGUGGUGUCGCUUUUAUUUUUUUUUCGGAACAGCAGGCUUCAUGUUAGCAGUUUUUAUGUGUGUGUGUGUGUGUGUGUGGUGUGUGCAUGCCAGUUAUUUCACUUUGUUCAGUGAGGGGGGGUUGUAUUAGUGGUCAUUGCCUUUAUCUUGUCCUGGGUGUUUGGUGUGUCAUAGCUCUUGUAUAUCUUUUUUUUUUUUUGUAGUGUGUAGAUGAAACACCCAGUUAUUGUUUUCUUGUUGGUUUUCUUUCUUUUUUUUUUUUUCUUCUGGAUAGUUGUUGGCAUUUGGUAGUGGCAUACUUUUUGCUCUAGGUGUGCUCUUACCUCUUGUGAGUGUGGGUGUUUUCUAUGAGCACUUCUCUACCUAUAUAUAUAUUAUAUAUAUGUAUAAAUAUACAUACUCUAGCAUUAAAACGGCACAGUAAGGCUGAGGUUAGGGUUUCUCUUCCUCCUUUUUUUUCUUUUUCUCGUAAGUCCUACUUGGUAAUGAGUUAGUCAAGCUCGGUGUACUGUAAUUACUGUGUACAGUGUUUUUUUUUGUUUUUUUUUUGAGGUGGUAGAUGAGUAAAGAGGGGAAAGUUGCCUUUUCAAGACUGUUUGAAGCGUCCCUUCCCCCGGCUUCAUUUGCAAGAUACGACACACAAAGAAAGUAGCAUAGACGUCUUCACACCCCAGCGUUUUAGACGGUUUACGUGCUCACCACUCUUCACACCGUGUAUCAUAUAUACAUAUAUAAAUAUAUAAACAUACCGCAGGCAGCAACUGCAGCGAAAAAGAAAAAAAUGACAUCCCCCAGUAUUUCUUCUUUCCCUAACAUCCUUUUUUUUUUUUAGCAGAUUGUACAAAUGUAAAUUGUAUAAUUUUUAUCUCAAAGAUUUCGCACCACCGACAGAAGCACAAAACACGAUUUAGAGCCGAGGACGGAAACACUGAAGACGCGUACGCCCCGUUCGCACCAUGAAAUUGCACCACUUUUGUUUCACAUUUCCUCUAUUUUAAAGGGGAGAGGGGGCGGGGAGGGGGUGUUCUUUUGUGGCUUGUAAAGAAUGAGCGUGCCCCAGGCAGAGAUGACACCUUGACGAGCUUAACCUGUUGUACUAUAACGAUCCUAUUUAUGAAAUGACGAAGUACUCGGUGUAAAUGUGUGUAUAGAGCUUGCCUCAGUCGUCCCGGCCUGAGGCAUCUCGGAAUUAUCCUCCAAUUGGAUGGCUGCAGCCAUCUGAUUAGCUUUGCCCAGCCAACCUUUCUCUCCUUUAGCCUUAUCCUCAUUCUCAUCAGUCAGUUUUUUUUUUGUUUUUUUUUAUGCAGUUUAUUUUUAAAUUGGUGGUACAAAACUGUAGAUACGCGGGCUUUUGUGGGCAUUGGUCGUGCCGGUUUGUUUCUAGAUGUAAAUAAGGGGGACCCCGUAGAAACAACGUUUCCGUUGGAUUUGGGGCGAGCGGCGUCGGCGCGGAAUUCGAGCAUCCUCCUUGAGCAAUCGUCAGCCACCUAAUGGCGCCUCGCCGUUUUACCUAGUGUACAGAGAUACGGGGAGGGGCAGGGUUUUACAACGGGAGCUCUCACGAGCGACUCCACCACCUAAUUGAACCUACGAGAUGUAAGAUAGGAUUUGCGACAGGAGGGCAGACUUUGGCUUUUGUACUUGUAGUUUUUCGUUUAAAAAAAAAAGAAAAUGUGACUGAAAAGAAACCUUGGAUAUACCCAUUGUAUAUGGUCAUUGAAAUCACCUGUCCAUAGGAACGGUUUACCAUUUCACGGGCCCAGAGUUGUUGCCAGUUAAUUUGUCACAAGGAUGGUUUUUCUUUUCUCACACCUUGGAGAUUUUUUUUUGUUUACUCGGAAGUAUCGAGGAUUUAAGGAAGGGGAGGGAGGUUGUAUUGCUUGCUUUAUUUUUGUCUGUUUUACUAGCAUUUUCAACAAAGAAAAAAAAAAUCCCAUGUGUUUGAACAAAAAUUUUACUUGUGUGCAUAAUUCACCACCUUCCAUCGAGAUAUCGCCUCGGCUCUCCCAGCAUAACUGCACAUGUAGAAUUUUCACAUGCAGAAGUGAGAAAGAAGGAGGAAAAAUGGAAACAGUUGCGAAAAGUCGUAUGUAAAUUUAGACCUUUUGUUGUUUGCUAAACAAAUUCCUUUUUUUUUUUAUAUCGCAGCUGCAUUUUCACUGAACCCAAGUAGUGCCAACACUGAGGGCGCAAAUUCUCAAUGCUGAAUGCUGCAUUGCCGCAGACAGCGUAAAUAGUGGUGCAGGAUAAGCGGCGCAAUUCGUAUGUUCCUCGCUUUAAGUGCGCCCAGAUUGGCCGACAUUCAUCCAGACCAGUCUCGCGUUUGGCCUCGGACGUUGGAGCAUACAGCAUUGAGGUCUUGUUCUCGAGGAGACGUUGGCGGUGCCAGCAUCGUUUUUCCUGGAUUCUCCCGAAGAUACCGUGUCCCGAUGACUCGGCAGAAAGGGAGGGAAAACGACGGCUCUGCUGUCGUUCCUCUUCGGUUUUCUCCGAGCCGUCGGUAGCACCGCCGAGAGAAAAACUGUGCCUUGUGUCAUUUCACUGCUGGGACAGUCGUUGGAAGGCUAGAAAGCGGUUUGGUGGUUCUUCUCAUCGCUGUUUCUCCGUUUUUUUACCUCUUCUUUUUUUGUCAUCUGGGGCUUGCGUUGUAUAAUCCAUUUUUCGAAAGUCUGAUGUUAGUAUACUGUGUACAUUGUUGUACUAUACUGAACUUGUAAACGUUUGUGUUUGGAUACUGUAGAAAAAUAAAUGCCUUUGGAGUAAAAA